UUUUAAGUUCUAUAACACCGAAACAAUCGCUCUCUCUACAUUGCUCUAGAACUAUCCAACUCAACUUCUAUUUAAUACUUUCUUACAUCAAAAUCAAAAUCAAUCAAACCAAAGAAAAAGCCAAGAAGCAAGAAAGUUAACACAACAGCUAAGAAUGGAUUUGGAGUUUGGAAGGUUUCCAAUAUUUUCAAUCCUCGAAGACAUGCUUGAAGCCCCUGAAGAACAAACCGAGAAGACUCGUAACAACCCUUCAAGAGCUUACAUGCGAGACGCAAAGGCAAUGGCUGCUACACCAGCUGACGUUAUCGAGCACCCGGAUGCGUACGUUUUCGCCGUGGACAUGCCUGGAAUCAAAGGAGAUGAGAUUCAGGUCCAGAUAGAGAACGAGAACGUGCUUGUGGUGAGUGGCAAAAGACAGAGGGACAACAAGGAGAAUGAAGGUGUGAAGUUUGUGAGGAUGGAGAGGAGGAUGGGGAAGUUUAUGAGGAAGUUUCAGUUACCUGAUAAUGCAGAUUUGGAGAAGAUCUCUGCGGCUUGUAAUGACGGUGUGUUGAAAGUGACUAUUCCGAAACUUCCUCCUCCUGAGCCAAAGAAACCAAAGACUAUACAAGUUCAAGUCGCUUGAGUUUGUUUGUGAUCGUGUUUUUGUGUUUUAAUGAAUGUAAUCGAUAAGCAACUACCUCUUGGUGUUCGUUGUAAAAUGAAAUAAAAAUAGUUUUCUCUGUUCAUAUUUGUCUUUGUGUUCAAUCUUCAAAUCAAUGAAGUUUUUGCUCUCUUGAACCAUCCAUGCUUAUGAGGCAAAAAUAGGACCACAACAAAAAAGACACCGAAUGGUCAUUCCUCUGUUUUUGCAGAAAUUAUUACUGUUCAUCCUUUCCUAAU